AUGAUAACAAAGGAGAAGAAGAUCUGGUGCGAGGAGGAGGAUGCCGCCCUCAAGCGGCUCUUCGAAGAAGAGGGGGAACAGAGCUGGUCAAUCGUCGCCAAGAGAUUGUCAGCAGAGUACAACUUCUCCAGGAAGAGCGCCAAACAGUGUCGCGAACGGAGUGACAACUGCAUAAAGAACCAUUUCUACUCGAAGUUGCGCAAGAUCCUGCGGAAGUUGAACACGGUCAUCCACAGCCACCUGCGGCGGGAAUACCGCCAGAUCAACAUAGGCACCCUCUACAAGAUAGUGGAGGCCACCGAGGAGCGUUUCAAGGAGGAACCGGCCUGCGGAUUCUCAGUCUCUGUGGCUUGCCAAGGUAUCACGCUUUCUAUUCAGAAGUUCAGAACCGGAUGCUGA